AGAAGGCUACACGGACUGCAUGCAUUAACAACAACAACAUGCAACAGGCGGGGAAUUUUGACUUUCGAGUCAACAACACGCACCGUUUACAAUGUGGUCCAUUGAAAGCAUCCACGAAGGAACAGAGAGCAGCUACCCCUUCUUGGUUGGAGUGGAGUACAUAGUUGGUCGUAAAGAUUGCCCCAUUUUGAUAGCAGGCGAUACGUCAAUCAGCCGCAAGCAUGCCUCCUUUAAAGUCAAACACCCAGAAAGUAAUCUUAAUCGCCCAAAUGUACCUUCAAUCCUGAUUUUAAAAGAGUCUUCAAAGUACGGGACAUCCUGCAAUGGAGCCAAACUAGAGACUGGAAGCGAGACUAGCCUUCACGAUGGAGACGUCAUUUUAUUUGGAUCAUUUAAUUCAAAUAAAUGGAGGGUAUGUUUCAACCCUCUUGUGGUAGCUGCCUCUGCCCUGCCUGCAGAUGAGAAGAAAGCCCUGAAGCAGACGGUCCACAAGAUCGGUGGCCAUGUGGUCUCUGAAUGGUGUCCACAGUGUACCCAUCUAGUCAUGUCACAGCUUAAUGUUACUAUCAAGGUGAUUAGCGCACUUGUUGCAUGCCGACCCAUUGUUACUCCAGACUUCUUUAAGAAAACGUUGGAGGCUGUAAAGGUAAAAGCCUCUCUGCCUGCUCCAGGCAAUUACCUUCCAACUUUGGCCGAGGCAGCUAUCAACAAAAAUGAGGUGUCCUUCAGUCCAGAUGACAGAAGAAAGGAGAUUUUUAAAGACAGGACUUUCUUCUUCCUUACUGAGAAACAGCACAAGCGUCUUCACGUUCCAAUUGCUGUGGCCGGAGGUCGUUCAGUGCUCUUAGACGAGGAUAGCGACGUCCCGUCCCUCUCUGACCGGUUAAUCUCUUCUACAUCCUGCGUGCUGUACACGGAGCAUCAAGACUCUACUCAGCAGAUGAGCCAGAUGGGACAGACUGUUGUGUCGCAGGUGCUCCGGCUGCUUAAGAAGCACAAUGUACGUCCUAUACCAGAGUCUGAGCUUGGACUGGCUGUCAUCUACAUCUCGACAGCUCUGCAUUGUAAUCCUAAAGUUGCUCAAGCCGGUCUAGACCUUCUCAGUGCAGUCCCAUCACAGUCUUUGGCAACGCAGAAUGUGCUAGCCUCGGACACCGAGUCUCUCUCACAAAAGAUACAUGGUGUAGGUGGGAAGCUGGACAGGAAGGCCACAGCCACAGCCAAAAAGGAGACUGCACCCACACCUAAUCUACCAAAACAAAAUCUCACAUCAACUCCAAAGGUUUCCAAGGUCUCAGAGACCAUCAUAGCAACUCCUUCAAGGACAGCCAAUCAGACAGCAUCUUCCAGGCCUCUGGAUGGCUCUCCCGAGUUCUCAUUACAAGAGAAAGCCCCCAUCAAGAUGGAAACAGGGAGAGGUGAUGACAAGGAAGAGCAGGUAGAGACCAGCACUAGACCUGAAGUCAAGAAGAAGGAUGAGAAGGAGGAUGAAGGGAUAGGCGAAAAGGAGAAUACGAGAGAGGAGAAGCAGGUGGUCAGAGUCAAGAAAGAGGCUCUAAGCCAGCCAAAUGGAAGAGGAGAUGCUGAUGGUGUGGAUGGACAUGGUCAGAAACCAGCCUCUGCGGAAGUCUCAGAGAGCCUGGAGGUCAUAUCUGAACAACCGUCCAGAAUUGAAACUCUGGGCAAUAAGGAAGCUGGCUCCAAGCCUAAGCAGAGGCAGCAAGGCACUCUGGACGCAUUCAGAAAACCGCUGGAGAAAAGUGAGAAACCUGAUGGAAAGAUGAAGGGAAGGGCAGGGAUGGAGGAAGAGAGUAGACGGGUGGAAGACGUGAAUCGAGUGAAAGAAGAACCAAUGGAUGAAGGAGAGACGGAUUUUGAGCGCAUCGUAGAACGAGAUGAUGACGAUGAGGAGGCGGAGGAGGUGGAAGAUGACCCAUUUCAUUAUGAAAGAAAGAAACCCAAGAAGACACCAGAAGCUGGGCGGACUGAGGAAAGGAUGGAAUCAAAGGCUGAGCAGAAGGUUGAUGGUGGAAAGAGGAGCAGCAAGAGGACGGCUGAUUGGAGUGAUGAGAAUGAUGGAGAGAGCAGCAGAGCCCAGACAAGCAGAGAGAACGAUGGAGGUGGUAUGUGGAAGAAGAAAGCCAGGAUUGAUGUCUUUUCACAGGAGGAGGAAGCUGCAGCAGAGUCAUCUCAGUCCCAAGAAGACGAGCCGGACUCUAGGAGUGCCUUCUCAGAGGAUGCAAUGAACCUACCCAGAGGGUUCAUCUCUGCCCGUAUUCCAAUAGAGGACCAAGUUAGUGUGAAAAUAGAAAAGGACUACAUGCAGGAAGAGGGUCUGCCUAGCAAGCUGAUUAAAGUGACGAAUGCUGCCCUCGUCAUCCGCAAAAAAAGGAACCCGCCACGCAGAGCUGUACAGGAGUUGGGCAGUGGUCGGCAAGUGAAGAAUUUCAAGAAGUUCAGAAAGGCUGGAUAUGCUGGUCAGUCUGCCAUACCACGCAUCAUAGGUGGCAAUGAUCUCUUUACGCACUACAACAAUCCCAGCAAAGACAUUGAGGAUAUGUUCAAUGAAGAAGUCAGGGCCGAGAAAAAGAAGGAUAAGCAAGAAGUGAUAGCCGAAAAGCUGUUUGCCUUUGAACCGAGGAGGGGACCAGCCUCAAAACGGAAGAGAUGAGGCCCCUCUGAACACCCACGAUGUCAUUAGAGCCUACGAACGUCUCUUUUGUUGUGGCAUGAAAGACAAGCUCAUGCAAAUACACAGAAGAACUAUUUGAGAUGCAGCAGUGCAAACAGAUCUUUGCCUUGUGAAGCACGGACACAUGUUUGUCCAGCAACAUAUGUUGCCUUUGAUUUUGUUUUAAUGUAAUGUGGGUUUCUGCAGAGUCAAAUAAUUUCAAAUUGUCAAAGAGUUUGAUAUAUAAUUGUUAUUUCGAGUCAGCUGAAGUAUGUACCGUGUACAUAUUACCAGAGGUAAUUGAAGAUGUUCCUUACUUUCUUGUAAGAAUGGUUGUUUCUGUAGAAUUUAAGAAUGCAGCAGUGAAAUAAAACUAUUGAGUAUUAUACCGCAAGCGUGUAUGUUGUUGAAACCCUCAGCAAAACUCAGAAAAUAGAGUACCAUUGAACGUUGAUCCUCUAUUAAAUAUGUUUAUUCAGAUAUUUAAUUUGGAUUAUCAGAAAUGCUUCAUAUUUUCAAAUCAUGUCUUUUCAUGGAAUUUGUUGUCUUCUGCUUAUUCUAAGACUUUUAGUUGUACCUGUUCUUUGUGUAAAUAUGUGUAGAAUAGCUUUCUAGAAAAAGAAAUACUAUUGUGAAAUUGAAAUUAUGAUCUUGCCAUACACAUUUUGUUUCUUGUCAAACCGACCUGUCAGUGUUAAAAAAUAGUUCAUAAUCAAUAGUUUUAGACAGUGAUGUUUGAUCAGAGCUAGAAAAUUUUAAACCCCUUUCUGGUUCGCAGCCAGCUUAAAUACAUGUUUGGCUGAGUGCUUUUUCUCCCUCUCAAAAAACAGUGUUGAAUUAGUGAGUUUGGAACUAUCAAGACUCGCACUGUCGGGUGAACUUUGCCUAUCUAAACAAAAAUGAUUGAAUGAGAGAAUGGCAUGUUUUUGCUGAGUUCUAGCCUUGAAAGUUCUAUAAUUAAUUCACUAUUCUAUUGUAUUAAUCUACAUGUAUUUUUUUAUUUUUUUUAUAUUUCUGUUUGAUAGGGAAUAGGCUUGAAUGGCUGACCUUGUGUGAUAAUUCUAUAUUAAGAAAAAAUGUCACAAGUACUUCAAAGUAUAUGAAAACAUUGGGGUAGAUGAUUUAGUGUUGAGCCCACUGACCCAUAUAUUAUGCAAGUAGACCAAUAUUUCAUGUAAGUACUAAAAGACUGUCGCUUCUUUGCAGGAGAAAUUGUGUAAAAUAGAUGAAGUAAAAGAAAAUUGAUGCAUUAUGAAAAUGGAUUAUUGAAAUAGUUACGAUUGAUAUGGGAAUGAAAUGUGGUCUUGUUUAUCUUUUUAUGUAGAUUAUUGCAAAAAGUCAUUUAAUAUUAAGUCAUCCAUUUAAAAGAAAAUGGCAGGGGAAGAUCUCAUUUGGCAUUUUCAACAACCCCGAAACAAAGAAAAGCAAGGAGGAAAAACAAAUGUUAAUUUUGGUCUGUCAAGAUAUUUGCUUUGUAGGACCAUUAUUGCCUUCAGGUUUUCUGUUACAGUGUAUUUCAUUUAUUCAAUAUUCUUUAUUCCAAGGGGAUGGCGGGCCUCUACAAACAGUCCUCUUAUUAGUGUCUGUAUGCGACCCUGAUUAGCAUAACUAUGAAACUUUGAUGUUUGAUCGUUAGUUACAGUUGACCCUCAUAUUUGCUCUCACCUGUUCUUACCAGUUCUGUCUCAUUUUUGCUUUUGCUCCUUGACAGUACCAGUUGCACCUUUCUAUUUCUAACUCUCUUUCUCCCUGAUGGAUGUAAUUAAAUUAUCACUGGCCACUCUCGGCCUUCAUAUUUUGUUAAUUCAUGAAGGGCAAUUGGCUUAAGUUGAUUAAAACCCUUUUCCAUCCAAACCUUCAUAAUUAUGCUUUGUCAUUCAUCAAGGAAAUUUGGAUUAAUGUGAUUACAAGUUUUAAUAAAAGAUGUCACAUUGUUUUCUUUCAUUAAAGAGUAAAAACAGUCAACAUACUGUCAUAUUUGAAGGGAAAUUGCAUGUUUUAUCAAGUAGACUUACAGGUAAAAUGACAUGUGUGUACAUGUAUUUCAAUGUGCGUAGUAUCAUGUAGAGCUAUUUCACAGACAUUAUAUUCUUAUCUUGCAAUGUUUAUGUUUGUAAUCGACAUAGGAGAAAUUACAUGAAGCAGGUUUGAUAGGAAAGUUGCUGGACCUUUAUUUCGCUUUAUAUUUGUGCUCAUUAUUAAUUUGCCUUAAUACAUGUAUAUGUCAAAAAAGAAGUACUACCCUUUUCUGUCUGUUUGUAUUUAUGUUUAGUCUCUCUGUGUGUUCAGAUCUCUACUCUUUUAUUUUCUCUCUCUCUCUCUCUCUCUCUCUCUCUCUCUCUCUCUCUCUCUCUCUCCCUCUCUCUCUCUCUCCUCCCAUCCCUCCCUCUGUUUGCUACCCUUUUUUUCUCAAUCCUUGUUGGCCUACUGUCAACACUAACUUGUACAUUUCACAAUGAUGUCUUCCAUUUUGUAUGAUGAAGUAUAACGUUUCAUAGCAAAUAAAGCUAUGAAAAAUUGCAAAAACAAUUUUAAACUUUGAUUUGCCAAAAUACAUUGUAUGUUUAAAUGUACAUGUAGUUGAAUAGACCAGUUGUGUUUAAAAUGCAAAAUAAAGCUGGCGCCUGUGCUCUAUUAAAAUUUAAAAAAAAUAAAAUUAGGUCAGACUUGUGUCUGUCACCUUCAUCCUCUA